AUGGAGUACAUCAUCUUUGGUGGCUUGGAGAUGAUCCCCAGGCCGGCCGAACAGGGCAAGGGGACGAAUGGUGGACUUGGAAGUUCGUUCGAUGGAAAGGAAGGAGAGAAGGAGCCAACGGGGGCCAGAGGGCGCGCCUGUGGUCUUCGACGAGCAGUGGAAUUUGCCAACGUCUGGUUUACGCUGGAGGAAAAAGCUCGUUAG